GCACUCGAGGCCCUCCGCUGGAUCGCGGCCGCCUUUUCCCGCGCGAGCUGCCUCCGCCGCUCGGGCCGCCCCGGGGGAAACAUGGCGUCUGCCCUGGAGCAGUUCGUGAACAGCGUCCGGCAGCUCUCGGCUCAAGGGCAAAUGACUCAGCUCUGUGAACUGAUCAACAAGAGCGGGGAGCUCCUUGCAAAGAACUUAUCGCAUCUGGACACUGUGCUCGGGGCCCUGGACGUGCAGGAGCACUCGCUGGGCGUCCUCGCCGUUCUGUUUGUGAAGUUUUCUAUGCCCAGCGUCCCCGACUUCGAGACUCUGUUCUCCCAGGUCCAGCUCUUCAUCAGUACUUGUAACGGCGAGCACAUUCGCUACGCAACCGACACCUUUGCCGGCCUUUGCCAUCAGCUCACAAAUGCACUCGUGGAAAGAAAGCAGCCCCUGCGAGGAAUUGGCAUCCUUAAGCAAGCCAUCGACAAGAUGCAGAUGAACACGAACCAGCUGACCUCCAUCCACGCCGACCUCUGCCAGCUUUGUUUGCUGGCAAAAUGCUUUAAACCUGCCCUUCCGUAUCUUGAUGUGGACAUGAUGGACAUUUGUAAAGAGAACGGAGCCUAUGACGCGAAGCACUUCUUAUGUUACUACUACUACGGAGGCAUGAUCUACACGGGGCUGAAGAACUUUGAAAGAGCGCUCUACUUCUACGAACAGGCUAUUACUACUCCUGCCAUGGCCGUCAGUCACAUUAUGUUGGAAUCAUAUAAAAAGUAUAUUCUAGUGUCUUUGAUAUUACUUGGCAAAGUACAACAGCUACCAAAAUACACGUCCCAGAUCGUGGGUCGAUUCAUCAAGCCCCUCAGCAAUGCCUACCACGAGCUAGCACAGGUGUAUUCCACCAACAACCCCUCGGAGCUCCGGAACCUGGUGAACAAGCACAGCGAGGCGUUCACCCGGGACAACAACAUGGGGCUGGUGAAGCAGUGCCUGUCGUCGCUGUACAAGAAGAACAUCCAGAGGCUGACGAAGACCUUCCUCACGCUCUCCUUACAAGACAUGGCGAGUCGCGUGCAGCUCUCGGGCCCUCAGGAGGCGGAAAAGUACGUUCUGCACAUGAUAGAAGAUGGGGAGAUUUUUGCAAGUAUCAACCAGAAGGACGGCAUGGUCAGUUUCCAUGACAACCCUGAGAAAUACAACAACCCCGCCAUGCUCCACCACAUGGAUCAGGAGAUGCUGAAGUGCAUAGAGCUGGACGAGCGGCUGAAGGCCAUGGACCAGGAGAUCACAGUGAAUCCCCAGUUCGUGCAGAAGAGUAUGGGCUCACAGGAGGACGAUUCAGGAAACAAACCAUCCAGUUACUCUUGAAGCUCGCAUCCGCCCUGGGCCACAGGGGAGGCCGUGGCCGUGGCCGUGGCCAGUAUGAGGAGGACAGCAGGGAGCACCAGGCCUGUUCCACCCGGACACUCAGUUUUGUUGACAUCUUCAGUCCUAUGUGCUUUCAAGACAAGCAUUCUCUCUGCAAAGAAAGGAAGAGAAUUUUCAGUCUCUCGUGGAUUUAUUUAUCCUCAGAUUAUUGUUGUUAUUGCAUUAAAUCUGCCUUUUUGUUUUA